CGCGGUCGGUCGGCGGUUCAGUCUGUCGUUUGAACGGUACGCGUUCGCGCGUUUUCGAUAUCUAUCGCUAUCGGACUUGUGUGUUGUGUUCGAACGGAACUUAGUGCGAACCUGAUAGUGAGGAUCGGAUUAUUUGCAGUGUAUGUGACGUUCAAUGACAUCGGAUGUGGAUUUUGAGUGCUUACAUCAAUAUUUAACCAUACAGUUCUAAAAACACGAGCCGAUGGUCCUUUUGAAUAGUAACAUGAAAAUUAAUGGUUACCAGUAAGGACAAAAGAAACUAAAAUGACGAUCGACAGAGCCGGCCGUCCGCCUGCGCCACGUCGGACCUCAACAUACAGAAGCUAUGAUGAACUCGGUAUUAUAGAUAGAGGAAGACCUCUUAGAUACAGGCAUGGUGGUGUCGAAGAUUUAUCAGGAAUUGAACAAACCCGAAUCCCCAGAUCCUAUAAUCCACACGACUUAGAUGAUAUAACAGUUAUUAGCUCAGAGGAAAUACCUAAACCGAAAAGGAAAACUAUCGAAGGUUUGGCGAAUGGAUUUAGGAGAACAUUCUCUGUAAGAAGCAGAAGGGAACCGGAAGGUAUUCCGUUAGAUACGUACAGUGUCACCUGCGAAGAAAAUUUCGCGACUGUUAGGGGUGCCCCCUUUGGUCGACGUAGGUCAUUAUCGAGGGAUAGAGGGUCGUCGUUGCUGGGUAGAAGUUCUUCGGAAGGUGACGUAAGGAUACCCCUCCCACGCGCACCGCCCGCCAACCAUACUCCUAGACUACAUCGCUGUCUGCGGGCCCUCGGAGGGAGUUGGAAGAACCUUCUAUUACUGGGCGGCAUGUCCCGCGGUGGUAGCGGCGCCGGUAAGACGGCGACUGCGAAACGCGUGCCGCCGCCGGCUGUGCCAGGAGACGCGUUCGGCACACCACAGCACAGACACUCUGGAUCUAGUUUUGGUUCGCAAGGUUACGCUUCCUGCGAGGAACAGGCGUAUCCACAGCCGCCUGAUACACCUUCACACACCAGAGAUGAUCAUUCAGACUAUGGCAGCACAGUGUCAGGCGUGUCAGGAGUGUCGGGAGCAAGUGGAAGCUUGGGCAAGAGUCCAGCAGGUGGAGGAACCUUUACCUUCCCACCACCCACACAACCUCUCACACACAAAGCAGCUGUUUACUAUCACCACCAGCUAGCGCUAAGCGAUGAUCAGGGAAUAGAUAUGACACAGAGUCCCGGCCGGGACAGUCCAGGCUCAUCGUCAGGAUCAGCGGGAUCAGGAUCUAGGCACUCUUCAGCGUCAUUAGACAGCGGGAGAGCAUCGGGUCGCAUGCCACAUCAUCACCACGCCGCUUGUCACUGUGGAGACACCGUAGACAGAGUUCGUGCUAUGAUCGCACAGGGACUACCUGACCAAGAUAUAAUACACGCUUGGCUAGCCGACUUACAAAUGGAGGAAUACGCUAGACUCUUCAUAGAAGCAGGCUACGAUCUUCCAACUGUUACAAGAAUGACACCUGAAGAUCUAACGGCAGUUGGCAUCAAGAAACCAAAUCAUCGCAAGAGAUUAAAGGCUGAACUCGCUAAUUUAAAUGUACCGGACAAUUUACCAGACUACAUUCCGGGUUCGCUAGAAGAAUGGCUUCGUCUGCUCAGGUUGGAAGAAUACGGUCCCGCCCUCGUGGCUCAAGGUUACCGAACAGUCCACGACGUUACGCAAUUAGCUUGGGAGGAUUUAGAGGAUAUGGGUAUAGUUCGCCUCGGUCACCAGAAAAAGAUCCUGCUGGCUAUAAAAAGAGUGAAGGAUAUAAGAGCUGGAAAAAGGAGUAUAAGUAGCCAGGGAUCGAUCGACUUCACUCGAAUAUCGGGACAGAAGGAUUUAUAUCCGAGGGAGCAUUACCAGCCCUGGGAGAGACACGCGAGGAGUUACCAUAAACCUCCCGAUCUAAAGUUUGACGCCCUACCAACGCCCCUAUGUGGCACAGACUUGGUCCCCAUCCAGAUACGUCAUCCGCGUGGUAAAUCACUUGAGAGUCUGGAGGACCCUUCAGAGAGAGCAUCGCAUACCACAUUUUCGCCAGAAGCUGGAUUUUACUACGGAGGUCAAUGGCGGCGUUCCUACGACGACGGAGAUAUAACUCCAACAAAUGACAGCUCCUACGAAGGCGGUGGUACGCUACCUCGUCCUAGAGGGUUAGUAAGACCACGACCGGUAGCGAAAAUCCAAGCGACACCGGCGUACAGGGAUAAAUCUCCAGACUACACGUACGACGAGAUCGCGUACUCGGCGAGACUGCAACGCGUCGCGUACGGAGCGAGCCCCCACGUCGCCAGGAAACCACCGCCGGAGCCCCCGAAGAGACAGAGCUCACAGUACGCUCCGUUUACUCGAUUCGGGCAGACCACAGUCGAGAUACAUCCGGAAAAGAGUCUGCCCCUCAGCCUGCCGGCGUACCCGAGCUCGGACUCGCUGAGCGUGUCGCUGGACAGCACGGGGCUGCUGCCGCCGCCGCCCGCGCCCUCCUCGCCGCCGCGCCGCUACGACGACGACAAGCUGCGCACGGGCUCCGACGCCAGCUUCAAGUCAAGUUCGAGUACAGAAUCGGAUAGCAUUCCAUUCGCAAAUGAAAAUGCAGGAACUAUAAAACAGAAUCGGGGCCAGAUAGCGGGACGUCCUCACACCGUCGACUACGGCCGGGCGGGGAUCCCCCUCGCCAACCUGCCGAGGAAUCCGGACAAGCCCAACCCCCUUCCCGAGCACAAGGAAGAGAACAAAAGUUCGGAACCCGUAGACGUCCUCAACGACAUCGGCAACAUGCUCGCUAACCUCACGGACGAGUUGGACGCUAUGUUAGAAGAAGAGAAACGUCAAGGCUUGGCCGAUUCCUAAAAUCCCCCCUACACAAACAUUCUACUCGAAUACAAAAUUAAUUUAAAUAGAUUGAAUAAAUUCCAAAGAUUAAUAUCUUGAUAUCUAUCUACAACAUUGAUGCGAACUAUUGGAAGUGAAUGUUAAUUUUUCUAGUGUAUUUUGGGUAUUAAUGGACAUUAUUUAUGAAAACUAAACGAUUGUAACAGUUGUUUUAUCGUUGUUCAUGUGUAAGACAAUUCUGAAUAGCAAUAAUUCUGGUUUGACAGUCAUAAAAUAAAUUAAUGAUUAGCUUAAACCGCCCAAGCAUGCUUCUUACAAAGUCUACAAGACCUCGUGUGUCAUAUCCGAAUCGCUAUUUAGAUGGAGAUAAUGAAGAUUUAAAUAUUAAAUCUUUUAAAAUUCGCUUCUUUUAUCUCACUGUAAUACAAUGUGUCUAACAUAGGGGUUAUGUUAAUAUCCAAUAAGGUAUUUAAAAAACGAAUGUUAUUUUGACAUUUGACAUAUGACAUAUGACCUUUUGCUGUUUGUCUUCAACUAGCGCGCUUACACUGCCUUGAUCCGCCGCCUUGCUCUCUUAUUCCUACCAAGUAUCAAAAUAACUUUAGCCGACAUUGUACUUUAACUCAAGCCAGAAUGCUCUUUUAUUGCAAUAAAAAGUAAUAUUCAUAGUAUCUUAAAUACCUCCAAAUAUUUGUACUAUCUAGUACUUUUUUAAAUAUUUGUAUUUCGAUUAAUUCCAUUUCUGUUGAUCUUUUUAUAAAUAGUUCCUUAUUUAAAUUUACAAUACUUGUGCUUUCGUUUCCCUCGGGAUAGUUUAAAUUAGAUUUAGUCGGAUCCAAAAACAGAUGAGAAUGGCUAUUUUUGUAAAUAACAUUUUACUUAAAUUAUGUCAUAGAAUAAAUAUAUCCAGUAGUUAGUUUUCCAUGUACAAUAAAAUUGUAGAGUACUUUAAUAAUAUUGUGUAGAAUAGAAUAGUUAGAAUUUAUACAAAAUGAUAGCUCUAGCGAUAGUGUGAAAAUUUAGGGAUUACGAUGAAUGUAUGAUAGCCCUUCGUAUAAAGUAGUUAUAGAUUUCAUACAUGUUUAUAACCUUUGAUUCUUUUUCAUCCACAUUAAUUGCAAUUGCCAAGGGCAUUUGGCAUGGCAAUGGACCAACAAUUUGCCAAAGGUGUCGUCACUAGCGAUAUGCAAACAUUUCUUGACAUCUCUAAGGCACAGUCGGUUGAUUAAACGACUGUUGUGCCCACGCUGGCGCUUAAUGCGAAUCAUUAAAGUUAUAACUGCUUACACUGAUGCCUGUUACAAAAGUUUAAAUGUGGCUUAAACCACAAUAGAUAUAAAUAUGAAAACUGAUGUACCAAUCCUCAAACUUUUGUAUUUUAAUAAAAAUCAUAACUGUAUCUCUAACACGUAAUUUUAAUACUGUCCACUAACAAUGUGAUAUGAAGUGGCCAUAUUAUAAUACUGGUGAACAAUUUUGUUUAAAUAAAGAAUAAAAGUGGCUGCUAGAGCCGUGUAACAUAUAGCAAACACUCCUUUUUAUACACAUGACUAGAUUUUUCAAGCUAACAUGAAGUAAACAAUAAAUAAUUUUAGUAACUAAAGGUAGCAAGUUAUAAAAUAUUUUUAGCUUUGUAUUGUAAAUAUCUAUAGAGAUCAGUGUUUCUAUACAGUCUCCUUUGAUACCUAACACGUCAUAUUUAGAACUUUUGUAUACCUACCUGUUAUUGAAACCGUCACUCGUAUGUUUUUGUUUUUUUUUUAAUUUUUUAUGAGCUAGGGUCGCUAGAAUAGAUCGGUGCUAGAUAUGAAAUCUGAAUCAAGCCAUAUAUUUUGCGUCAUUAUUAUCGUUAAUUUAAAAUUAACAUUAUCCUUGGUCUAUGAACUAGUCAAAAUUAUUUUGUUGAGUGACGGUUAUUUAUGAUUAAUGUUAAAUGGUAAUCAACUAUUACUGGAAGCAGCUUAUAAAUCUCUUAUUUUAUAAUUCAGUUCUUAUUUGAAUAAAUAUUUGUAAUAUCCAA